UCAUUUGAGCAUGCUCAGUAGUCCUCGGUAGGGAAAACUGACAAGCCCCACUAAAAGUUGCUACUCCGGCCGGCUUCGCGACAGAGGCGGCAUUAGGAGCGUCUUUCUCCACCUCCCGUCCUGCCGUGGCGUCAACGGAGGCCCCGCCCAGACGCCUGGCCGCUCUGGGCUCCCGGGAACAUCGGGCCGGAGCCGCAGCAGCGCAACGCCCGGGCCGAGUCUUCAUCAGCUGAGAACGAAGCGCGGUGGCCGAAACAGCAGCAGGAAAGUCAUAAAGCUCAAGAGCAGACUCCCCUAACUGGGUGCCCUCCAGUUGUCGUUGGGUUCCCAACUCCCAUCAUACUUGACCAAUGACCAUGCUGGCUGAGGCUGAUGCCAAUUGGAGUGUGGCAACAUCUGGAGAGUAGCUGGUGAUGAAGGCUGAUCAAGAAUAUUGGAGGAGAAUUACAAUGCAAAUUAUGCUAGAGCUUCCUUUGUAGGAAAUAGCGUCUCGAAAUGGAGGACGGGAAGCCUGUCUGGGCUCCGCACCCAACUGAUGGGUUUCAGAUGGGAUCCAUUGUGGAUAUUGGCCCUGACACCUUAACUAUUGAACCUUUAAAUCAAAAAGGCAAGACUUUUCUUGCUGCUGUCAACCAGGUAUUUCCUGCAGAGGAAGACAGUAAGAAGGAUGUGGAAGAUAAUUGUUCACUAAUGUAUUUAAAUGAAGCCACACUCCUACACAAUAUAAAAGUUCGAUACAGCAAGGACAGAAUUUAUACGUAUGUAGCCAACAUCCUGAUAGCAGUGAACCCUUACUUUGAUAUACCUAAACUUUAUUCAUCAGAUGUUAUUAAAAAAUAUCAGGGUAGAUCACUUGGGACAUUGCCACCACAUGUCUACGCAAUUGCCGACAAAGCAUUUCGUGACAUGAAAGUACUCAAGAUGAGUCAGUCUAUCGUUGUGUCUGGAGAGUCCGGAGCUGGCAAGACAGAAAACACUAAAUUUGUUUUACGGUAUUUGACUGAAUCCUAUGGCAGUGGUCAAGAUAUUGAUGACAGAAUUGUAGAAGCCAACCCCCUUCUAGAAGCAUUUGGAAAUGCAAAGACUGUUCGUAACAACAACAGUAGUCGCUUUGGAAAAUUUGUAGAAAUCCAUUUCAAUGAAAAGAAUUCAGUAGUUGGUGGAUUUGUGUCGCAUUAUCUGCUGGAGAAAUCUAGGAUCUGUGUUCAAGGCAAAGAAGAAAGGAAUUACCAUAUUUUCUACAGGCUGUGCGCUGGAGCCCCUGAAGAUAUAAGAGAGAGAUUCUAUUUAAGUUCACCAGAUAAUUUUAGAUAUUUAAAUCGUGGCUGCACUCAGUACUUUGCUACCAAAGAAACAGAUAAGCAAAUUUUACAGAAUCGCAAAAGUCCUCAGUACCUGAAAUCAGGGUCUCUGAAGGAUCCUCUGCUCGAUGAUCAUGGAGACUUCAACAGAAUGUGCACGGCAAUGAAGAAGAUUGGUUUAGAUGAUGAAGAGAAGCUGGAUCUCUUCCGCGUGGUGGCUGGUGUCCUACACCUUGGAAAUAUUAAUUUUGAAGAAGCUGGCAGCACUUCUGGCGGUUGCACUCUGAAGAAUAAAUCUAGCCAGUCCCUAGAAUACUGUGCGGAGCUGCUUGGCUUGGACCAGGAUGAUUUGCGUGUAAGCCUAACCACCAGAGUCAUGCUGACAACAGCAGGGGGCACCAAAGGAACAGUUAUAAAAGUACCCUUGAAAGUAGAACAGGCAAACAAUGCACGUGAUGCUUUGGCAAAAACUGUCUAUAGUCACCUCUUUGACCACGUGGUAAACAGGGUAAAUCAAUGUUUCCCCUUUGAGACAUCCUCUUUUUUUAUUGGAGUCCUGGAUAUUGCCGGUUUUGAAUAUUUUGAACACAACAGUUUUGAACAGUUCUGCAUUAACUACUGUAAUGAAAAGCUGCAGCAGUUCUUUAAUGAAAGGAUUCUCAAAGAGGAACAAGAACUUUACCAGAAAGAAGGUUUAGGUGUCAAUGAAGUACACUAUGUAGAUAACCAGGACUGUAUAGAUUUGAUUGAAGGGAAAUUAAUAGGCGUUCUUGACAUUUUGGAUGAAGAAAAUCGUCUUCCCCAGCCGAGUGACCAGCACUUUACAUCAGUGGUACACCAGAAACACAAAGAUCACUUCAGACUCUCGAUACCUAGGAAAUCUAAAUUGGCUGUUCACAGAAAUAUCCGAGAUGACGAGGGCUUUAUAAUCAGACAUUUUGCAGGAGCUGUAUGCUAUGAGACGACCCAGUUUGUGGAGAAAAACAAUGAUGCUCUACACAUGUCUCUGGAGUCCCUUAUAUGUGAAUCCAAAGAUAAAUUUAUCCGGCAACUCUUUGAAUCCAACACUAACAACAACAAGGACCAUAAACAAAAAGCAGGGAAACUCAGUUUCAUCAGUGUGGGAAACAAAUUCAAGACUCAACUAAACCUGCUCUUAGAAAAGCUUCGCAGUACCGGGUCUAGCUUUAUUCGCUGUAUCAAGCCUAAUUUAAAGAUGACAAGUCACCAUUUUGAAGGCGCCCAGAUUCUGUCCCAGCUCCAGUGUUCAGGCAUGGUGUCUGUUUUGGAUUUGAUGCAAGGUGGCUUCCCAUCACGAGCCUCGUUCCAUGAACUAUAUAACAUGUACAAAAAGUAUAUGCCUGCAAAAUUGACCCGUUUGGAUCCUAGACUCUUCUGCAAGGCACUCUUCAAAGCCCUUGGAUUAAAUGAAAAUGAUUAUAAAUUUGGAUUAACCAAAGUGUUUUUUAGACCUGGCAAGUUUGCAGAGUUUGAUCAGAUCAUGAAGUCUGACCCAGAUCAUCUUGCUGAGUUGAUUAAACAAGUCAACCACUGGCUUAUCUGCAGUCGUUGGAAGAAGGUUCAGUGGUGUUCUCUGUCAGUUAUUAAAUUGAAAAACAAAAUAAAAUACAGAGCUGGUGCCUGCAUUAAAAUACAAAAGACUGUUCGCAUGUGGCUGUGCAAGAGAAAGCAUAAACCACGCAUUGAUGGUCUGGUAAAGGUUCGCACACUAAAGAAGAGGCUUGAUAAAUUCAAUGAAGUAGUGAGUGCUCUGAAAGAAGGGAAAGCAGAAACGAACAAGCAGAUCAAGGAUCUUGAAACAUCUAUUGAUGCUUUGAUGGUCAAAAUCAAGGCCACUGAAAUGCCUAGACAGCAGAUACAGAAGGAGUAUGAUGCUCUAGUGAGAAGCUCAGAACAGCUUCUGAGUGCACUACAGAAAAAGAAGCAACAGGAAGAAGAGGCAGAAAGGCUGCGACGUAUCCAGGAGGAAAUGGAGAAAGAAAGAAAGAGGCGUGAGGAGGAGGAGCAACGUCGGAAGAAGGAAGAGGAUGAAAGGCGACUAAAGUAUGAGAUUGAAGCAAAGAGAAAACAGGAAGAGGAGGAGAGGAAAAAAAGGGAAGAGGAAGAAAAGCGAAUUCAGGCUGAAGUUGAGGCACAGUUGGCAAGAGAACGUGAAGAAGCGAACCAGCAACAAGCAGUUCUGGAGCAAGAGCGCAGAGACCAUGAGCUGGCAAUGAGAAUUGCCCAAAGUGAGUCUGAACUCAUCACUGAUGAAUCUCAGCUGGACCUUGGAUUGCGCAGAGCCACUGGAACAAAAUGUGAAAUGACUGCGGCGCAAAUGGCCACAGAAAUGUCAGACAUUUUGUCUAGGGGACCUUCAGUUCAAGCCACAAAAGCUGCAGCUGGCGUUAAGAAACAUGACCUUAGCAAGUGGAAGUAUGCAGAGCUUCGCGAUACCAUCAAUACCUCUUGUGAUAUUGAACUGCUGGCAGCUUGCAGAGAAGAGUUUCACAGGCGGCUGAAAGUUUAUCAUGCUUGGAAAUCCAAGAAUAAGAAGCGCAAUACAGAAACAGAACAGCGUGCUCCCAAAUCAGUGACUGACUAUGAUUUUGCACCAUUUUUGAACAACUCAACUCAACAGAACCCAACAAGUCAUUUGUCUGCCAGGCAGCAGCAGGAGGCUGAAAUGAGUCGGCAGCAGCGUUACUUUCGUAUUCCCUUCAUCCGCCCAGCGGACCAAUACAAAGAUCCCCAGAACAAGAAGAAAGGCUGGUGGUAUGCACACUUUGAUGGACCAUGGAUUGCUCGUCAAAUGGAACUUCAUCCUGAUAAGCCACCCAUUUUGCUAGUGGCUGGCAAGGAUGACAUGGAGAUGUGCGAGCUGAAUCUUGAAGAGACUGGCUUGACUCGUAAGCGUGGAGCGGAAAUUUUGCCGAGGCAGUUUGAAGAGAUCUGGGAGCGCUGUGGGGGAAUCCAGUAUCUUCAAAAUGCAAUUGAGAGCAAGCAAGCUCGGCCUACUUAUGCAACUGCUAUGCUGCAGAACCUGUUGAAAUAAAUAGUCACUUUGCACAUUCACACUUGGUGUUUGAGAGCUUCUCCUAACUUAACAAUUAAAGGGAAGAGUUCCUCUGAGCAACAGAGGACACUUAAACAUUCCAUAAUUGUCUAGAGAUGUUUAAUAUAAAGUAAACAGAUUUUAUUAAUGUGGCAGUUUUUAAUUUGUAUUUCUAAUGUUUUAAUUUGUGUAGUGAAUUCACUAGUUCUGUGGAUCUAAGCAUUUGUUUCAGUCAAAUUUGUGGUUUGCUUUUGUUCAUAAACUGAUUCCUCCACAGAGCAUCUAUCAUAGCCCUAAUUGUGCUAUAACAUAGAGUAACACACUACUGGGAUGCAGCUACAUAAAGGUGAUGCACUGCGUUUUGACUUCACCAUAAUUCCUUUGUAAUACCCAGAAUGUUAGUUUCUUCUUCAAGAUAGCAUAGCCAAAGAAAAGGAAAAAAGUAUACUGCAUCUUAUAACUGGAAUUGUGAGGCCUUAACAUUAACUUCUAUUGUAGAGGUUAAAGAAAACUUUUAUAAGAUGAAAGACUUCCUGUGCAGAUUCUGAAAGCUGCUUGACAUCUAGAGAGAUGUGCAUGAAAAAGCAUUUGGGGAAAUGUGUCUUACUUAGAUUGCAGGAUUUCAAUUAUUAAAAACAGGACAAUUGUGUCUAGAGUACUUCGGAACAGAUGCACUGAAACAUUCUGAUGCACACUUAAGCAGGGGUUUUUGCUUUUUUAAUAACCUUAUUUUUUACAACACAAAUUUCUUCAGGCAAUUCUUCAUUUUUAUUUUUCUGUCAUAAAGUUUCUUGGAGGUCCUUUCUUUGUCAAUCUAAGUAGAACAAAGAGAAAGAAUAUUUCACACAAUCUAUCUCUAGAUACACUUCAGACUGAAAGUAUAAGGGAAAUGGGUUCAGUUUUUCAUGACAGGAAAGCCUAAUUGCAAUACUGUCAGCUGAAUUUUGUUGUUCCUUUGUACUUCAGUGCAAUGCACAUGGGAUUAGGAGGCUUCUGUCUGAAUAUUUCAGACUCUUGACAAGUGGCGCAGCAUUGGAAUUUCUAAUUACAAUAUGAUGCUUUAAAUGGUUUAACUUCAUAGUGUUAAAGUAAUAAACUUUUUCUUCUAAUCUUACAGAUCUUUUUUGUUGCUAAUUUCCCAACCUCAGGCUUUGUGAGGGUUUUUGCUUUGUUUUGCUGAGGUACCAUGGAUGGUAAUUAAAAUUCUGAUGUAUAACAAUUACUUGUUUCACACAGAUUUAAGUUGCCUUUUAUUGAAGUUUCUGGAUAGCCCCAUUGCUGGUUAAUAUCAACAGAUUAAACUCUGUUAAUGCUCAUGCCUAUAGCUAAUAUAACUGAAACUGGCCUAGUCCAACUGAAGUUUUUUUGACUGACUUUCAUUGAUUUCAGUUGCACCAGGUCAAGUUGGGGUGUUGCAGGAGAUUUGUGAGCAGCUGUUAAAGGAGAAUUAUAUUCCUAAUUUUAAAUGUCUCUUAUCCUGUGUAUGUUUUUAUGUCCUCUGUAUCCUCCCAAAUUGUCUUUGAGAUUAUGCAUGCUUAAAAACAAACCCAAACCCUCUUGUUAAUUAGAACCCUCACUUCAGUCUCUGAGUGGAUUCUUGCUGACUGCUGCUUCUUAUGAACCCAUAUCACAUCAGAUAAUAAAUUACAUGUAAAAGAUGCACUUUCUUCCUUUAAAAUUCUUUCUUGGUCAUAAUUUGCAUGUGUGAAUUGCAAAAAGAUAAGCUCUAUUUCUACAUGCAUUCAUUCAUAAUCGAUGAGAUGUAUGCAUUUGUAUUUUAGAAUUUUGAGCCAAUGAACAAAUGUAUCCUAGUUAAGUUGUCAUAAAAUACAACACCAAAUGCUUGCAUAUGAUGUCAUAUUUACUUUGGAAUUCAUUGGGCUACUGCAUGUAAUAUCCUGCACCUCCAUGUAAUCUGGCUUCAUGCUUCAGCAUGAAAACUAAUAAGAAACAUUUGUUUCUUAAGAGAAGACAAGUUAAGCCAUCUGUUGCAACUAGGAAGUUUCCUGCUGUUUUCUUAUUCAUUGUCUUUCUGAUAUGAGAACCCCAGGAGGACGGACUGUCACUUGAUUACACUUGAAUGAAUUACCAUUUUUGUUUGAGGGGAUGUGAUGUCAUAUGAAAGUUUUCUAUAGUGUUUGAUCUGUGAUGGCUGUUUCACAUAUGCAGCCCAUCACAUGCUGGUUGCAGUCACUGGGUGAUCAAAUGUAAAUGUAAACAUACCCUUUGUCUCAAUGCACAUUACAUUACCACAACACAAACAUUCACAUAAAUUGUCCUUCAGAAAGUAGCACAAUGUCAUUAACAUUCCACUGAAAUUUUCCUCAUCUGUAUUUUUAUCUAUUUUAUUUCUGGGUUAUUUUCACUCUAAAUUGUUUCAAGUACUUUGUCAAAUGACCUUAAUUAUGUACUGAAAAUUGUAGCAAAAUAAAUACACUCUGUUGAUCUCUCUGGAA